AUGGAGUGUCCCUGGGGUGUCCAUGGGGUGUCCGUGGAGUGUCCGUGGAGUGUCCAUGGUGUGUCCCUGGAGUGUCCAUGCCCCCUGCCCGAUCUCCCUGCACCCAUCCCAUCCUCCCUGUCCCUUCCCGACCCCCUGCCCCUCUUCCCUGCACCCAUCCCACCCUCCCGGCCCCCUGCCCCUUUUCCCCGCACCCAUCCCACCCUCCCUCUCCCCUCCCGCCUCUCUGACCCUCUUCCCCGCCCCCCGCAGGUGAAGAUCUGGUUCCAGAACCGGCGCUCCAAGUUCAAGAAGCUCUACAAGAACGGCGAGGUGCCUCUGGAGCACAGCCCCAACAACAGCGACUCCAUGGCCUGCAACUCUCCGCCCUCUCCGGUGUGGGACAGUCCCGGCGGCGGCAGCGCCCGCACCCCUCUGCCGCCGCCGCUGCCCUACAGCCCCUCGCCGGCCUUCCUGGAGGAGCACAGCCCCUGGUACCACCCCCAGAGCCUCAGCGGCCCCCACGGACCCCCGCAGGCGCAGGCGGCCCCCCCGAUGCACCACCCGUCCCCCGGGCCCGCGGGCACGGGCGCCGCGUACUGAUGGGCACGGCGGGCACGGCGGGCACGGAGGGCUCAGAGACGCUGCGCAGCUCCUCGGCCUCCUUUUGUCCACCCCCCCUACCCCAACCCCGGUUUGGUUUUGUCUCCUGAAUUUUCCUAAGAGAAAAAACCCCCAAAACGACAACAACAGCAUCAGCAAAGCAAAGGAAAGGACCCGCACCCCGCGCACCCCUAAACUCUCGCUCCUCGCCCGCUGAUCUCAGGAACAGAGACUGCAAAGGCUUCAGCCCCUCCGCUCCCCGCGCAGGAAAAGCUGCAAAAUCCGGAAAAUCCUGCCGGACUUUUCCAUUUCGGACCUUUUCCAUCGCGACCCCCGCCCCGGCCCCGGCACAUUCGGCCCCCGAAGAUUUUCACCCCAACCCCGCCGGAGCUUUGCCUGUGGGGUGACCCCGCUGCGGGACCCCGGACCCCGCCGGGCUGCAGCAGCCGUGUCGCCGCUGUCGCGACAGGGACGUGCCUGUCCCCAGCCCAGGGGAGGCGCUCGGCCCUGGCUCCGAACCCGGGAGCGGUUUUGGGGCUCACGGACCCCCAAAGGAGCAAAGCGGGACCCCCACCCCAGCCGGAAUCGCCCGGGACGAUGCUCAGACCAGAAAGUGGUGAUUUAAAAAUAAAUAAAAAAAUCGGGUGGGGGGUGGGGGGGUUGUGGGGAGGGAAAUAUUUUAAUAUUUAAGCAGUUCAGGAAUGGUUUUAAGUUAUUGUUUGAAGAGAAAAACUCGUGCUCAUCUCCGUUUUCUGGCUGUGCCUCCAGCUGUGGGUAAAGGAACGGCGAAAAUGCCUCUUUUUUAAGGAAAUCGACGACUUAUUUUAAAGGAAAAAAAAAUAACCGAGCUCUUUCCUAUUUUUUAAGAGAAUAAUGCUAUUUUUUUAAGCAGAAAGUGCCGUUUUAAGGAGUGUUCAUAGUGUUGUACAGUCCCGGGGAUUUAUUUAUGUUGCCUUCUAUAAAUAGGGGUGUUUUGGGGGGAAAAAAGGGAGUGUACAUAAGGUUCGUUUGUAUAAAGUUGUUCCAAACCAAACUGGUUUCGGUCUGGUUUUUUUUGUUUGUUUGUUUGAUUUUUUUUGUCUAUAAUUUUUCUUUUUUCCUAAGGAAAAUCCCCCCGGCUGAUGGGAGCCCCCCUCGGGUGUCCCUGAGUGUCCUUUGCUCCUUCCCAAGGGAUCCAAAGCCGGGCUGGAAAUGUUCAUUAAUAAAAGUUCUGAAUUUAAAGCUCCGAA